CCAAAAAAAAAUAAUAAUAAUAAUAGUAAUUGAGAGUCUGGGAAUCGAAAACCCUAAUAAUUAGUGGAAUGAGGGUGUCGACAGUAUUUUGUUUGUGGGUGCUGCAAGUUUCAGCAGUGUGCUGCAACAGUGGUGUCACUAGCUCUUAUCUCAGAAAACCCCAUGCUUCCGUUGAGAUGCCAAUUUAUCACUUCCCCCCUCCUCCUGGAUUCAAUGCUCCUGAGCAGGUUCACAUAACACAGGGAGAUCAUGAGGGGAAGAGCAUGAUCAUUUCAUGGGUGACGCCACUUCACCCCACCCCCAAUGAGGUCGUAUAUUGGGAAGCAAAGGGCAAUUGUAGUGACAAACAGCAGGUUCAGGCUAAGACCACCUCCUACCGAUACUACAACUACACUUCCGGCCACAUUCAUCAUGCCACCAUCAAAAGACUCAAGCAUGAUACAGACUACAUUUAUGAACUCGGAAAGGACAACGAGACUCGGAGAUUUUCGUUCACGACUCCUCCUAAAGUAGGCCCUGACGUUCCCUGCACCUUUGGCGUUAUUGGGGACUUGGGACAAACAUACGACUCUAAUCAAACUUUCGAGCAUUACGUGUCCAGCGGAAAGGGCCAGGCAGUGCUGUUUCUUGGCGAUCUCUCGUAUGCAGACAAUCAUCCUUUCCAUGACAAUAACAGGUGGGAUAUUUGGGGCCGUUUUGUCGAGAAGAGUACUGCGUAUCAGCCGUGGAUUUGGACAGCAGGCAAUCAUGAACUUGACUUUGCUCCUGAGAUUGGUGAAAAUACUCCAUUCAAGCCAUUUUUGCACCGGUACAACGUUCCUUACAAGGCGUCGAAAAGCACAUCCCCUCUUUGGUACUCGAUCAAGCGUGCCUCAGCCUACAUAAUUGUCCUAUCAUCUUAUUCGGCUUAUGGUAAAUACACCCCUCAGUACAAUUGGCUUGAAGAAGAACUGCCAAAAGUGAACAGAGCUGAGACUCCAUGGCUGAUUGUCAUGGUUCACUCACCAUGGUAUAACAGCAAUAACUACCAUUUCAUGGAGGGUGAAACCAUGAGAGUUAUGUUCGAGUCGUGGUUCGUUAGGUACAAAGUCGACCUCGUGUUUUCUGGCCACGUUCACGCUUACGAGCGCUCGAAACGAGUAUCGAAUGUGAGGUACGACAUAACAAACGGACUAUGUACACCAGUUAGUGAUGCUUCUGCUCCAGCCUAUAUAGUAAUAGGUGACGGUGGAAACAUCGAAGGCCUUGCAGACAACUUCAUAGAGCCACAGCCUAGUUAUUCGGCCUUCCGAGAGGCGAGCUUCGGGCACGCACUUCUUGAACUGAAGAACAGGACUCAUGCAUACUACACUUGGCAUCGGAACCAAGACAGCGAAGCUGUUGCAGCAGACUCUACCUGGUUCUACAAUAGAUACUGGUAUCCACAUGAUGAAGAACACAGCAGCACCACCCCAGUGGCUUAACUCAACUCAAUAUUUAACUUAAGUUUUUCAGGUGCUGUCAUUCGUUUUUUUUCCGUUUUUGCUGUUCUUGAUUCCAACAUGACGUAAACUGCAUUUGGCGAUUGAGCUGUCCCUCGCACGUACAAGAUGAUUAUGUGGAUUUGAGGAUACGGAUUUCAAAUUCCUUAUAAUAAAUGCUCCGCACUUGUUCUCGGUUAUUUUCAUAUAAAUUAAUGAUUUCAAAUCCUACAA